AAAUAUAACAUCUCAUACAUGUCUACAUUGUUAAGGAGAACGUCAAACAUUCAACAUUCUAGAUCUUUGGAUUGAACUGGCAACAGCUCUUAUCAACAAAUCAUAACAAUCUUGAAAGUUUGACGAAUUGCAACAGGUGAAUUUGUAAACUUUUGACAGGGAUAUUCUGAUAAGCUUCAAAGAUGUUAUUUGGUCUAGUCCUAUUAGUACAAGUGGUUGGGACAGUGUUCAGAGGAUCAACAGACAAACAGGAAGGUCCCAGGAGGAAGGAAAAUAAAGGUACCAACAUGAGAGCCCAGAUACGCAAAAAUGAGCUGAAACUGGAGCAACUUGAAAAAACCAACAAGAUGCAUGAAGAACGUACAGAUGCCCUAAAGGCAGAAUUAAAAGCACUAGAAGAGAGUUUUGUAAAACUCAACAAUAUUGUGCAGGAAAGAAUGGCACAUUUUGAACAUCUCGAAUCGGUGACGGGUGUUUGCCACUGUAACGAGUGCAUAAUUAGAGACACAUUCUGUAUUGAAACGAGGGAAGAGGAGAAAAUAGAAUGGAUGAAUAGAAACAAAAAAUUUGUCCCGCCCCAAACUGAAGAGUUCUGGAUUGAGUAAAAGGACUAGACCAGGGCUCUCACCAGGAAAUAUUUACAAUGUGGUGCAAACAUCUUCAGUAUAAUCGUCCAGUCAUGAUAAAUCAUAUUAUGUUAUAAUUUAUCCUUUUACAUGAUAUUGAUGUAUUCAGUCAAGUUUAGACUGUAGGAAC